AUGAAUCCAACUAAUGAUCCCUGGGCAUUAGAUACAAUGCCUAAGAAAAAGAAUCAAUCCAAAAGCUCAAAGAAGCACCAGAGCCAUGGUGGUCCCUCCCAAGCCCCUGUUGAGCAGCAGUCUCAAGGAACUCCCCACGGAACUUCCUCCCACCGAGCUCCUCAAGUCUCCCAAGAACAAUACGUUCAACCUCACAAACAAGUGCAAGAACACUUUGCUCAAUCUCACGGACCUGGUCAAGUUCCAUACCACGGAGGACUUCAAAAACCACGCCCUUCCACUCCCGAGGUUCCACGCGAUAAAAUGGUAAACGUGGAUCUCAGUCCACCACGCGUCCGCCAUCAUCGGGAACCUCGUCCACAAGCUACUGCUGCGGAACGUACCAGUAACAAAGCCGCCAUUCGCCAUAACCUCACUCUCACUAAUCGUGUGUACAGCAACGUCCAAGAUGUUGCCUAUCAAGCUGGAUUCGAGAUCAAAAAUGCAUACAAGCAUCCUCACCAGAUUCCUGGACGUCUUGGCAAUGCUGUUAUGGGUGCUGCUUCUGGCGCUGCGAAUAUGGGUGCUGGCUUGAGCCAUGCUGUUGCAGCGGAAGCUGGAGGAGCUGGUAUGAUGUUAGUCGAUAGUUGUGGCCGUCUGGCUCAAGAAGCUGGAACUUCGGCUCAUCGUGUCGCUAAACGUGCAGCUCGUCGUGCUAACAAUCACUUGCACGGACUUCAAGAACAAGACGGAGGGAUGAGCGGAGGAUAUGGUACUGAGUAUGAAAACAUCAAACGUAGAGAGGCUGAAGAAGAUGAAGAUGCUUGUGAUUGGCCGGAAGAGGAAGAGAAGCCUAAAUACAAAGGAUUUCGUUGA